AUAUAUCCACAUAGCGCACACCUGCUUGUGAAAAGUUCAAUCUUGAGUGUCGCUUGUUUCAAAUCCCACCUUUGCUUGCUCCCCCCGGCUCCUCCUCCUCGUACCAAAUCUAGGGUUCCCGAUCGAAAUCCUGCGCCGCCGCCGCCGCCACUGCCGUUGGCGAUAAUGUCGGCCAGCACCGAGCCCGAGAAGGACGCCGCUGCCGCUGCCGCCACCGAGGGCGACGAGAAGACGGAGGCGAAGGACAGCGGCUCCGGCUGGGAGCUGCUGUACUGCGGCGGGACGAGCUUCGACGCCAUGGGUCGGAAGGUGGUGGGCGGGGCGCAGGGCAACCUGGUGUCGCCGACUCGGCUGCGGCCGCUCGUGGGCGUUGAUAUCCGCUUCGUUGCCUCUGGAUGCACUGCUUGCCACUGUGUUGCUUUAGAUGCUGGAGGCAAAUGUUAUACAUGGGGUCGCAACGAGAAGGGACAGCUAGGGCAUGGAGAUACUCUUCUGCGUAACCUGCCGACUGUUGUUUCUCAACUAUCAAAAUACAAAAUCAUCAAAGCAUGUGUUGGAAGAAACCAUACAGUGGUUGUAACUGAUGAUGGCAAAUCCUUAUCUUUCGGUCAUAACAAGCAUGGACAGUUAGGGACGGGUUCCUUAAGGAAUGAGAUUGAGUCAUCGCCAGUGUCCUGUAUCGUUGCGGAAGCAACCAACGUUGCAUGUGGGGCUGAUUUUACUGCCUGGUUGUCAUCUGUGGAAGGCUCUUCUAUACUUACAGCAGGUCUUCCCCAAUAUGGUCAACUCGGGCAUGGAACUGAUAAUGAGUACAAUGCUAAAGAAUCGUCUGUGAAACUGACCUAUGAACCCCAGCCCCGUCCAAGAGCAAUAGCUGCAUUUUCUGGGAAAACUGUUGUCAAAGUUGCAUGCGGAACUAACCAUACAGUUGCAGUUGAUUCCAAUGGCUUUGUUUACACCUGGGGCUUCGGUGGAUAUGGAAGGUUGGGGCAUAGAGAACAGAAGGAUGAAUGGCAACCUCGCCUUGUAGAAGUCUUCCAGAAGCACAAUGUUCUGCCUCCUAAUGCCAUUGUCUCAGCUGGUUCUGUGAGUUCUGCAUGCACUGCUGGUGGUGGACAGUUGUACAUGUGGGGAAAGAUGAAGAAUACAGGCGAUGAUUGGAUGUACCCGAAACCUGUGAUGGAUUUAAGUGGUUGGAACAUUCGCUGCAUGGCUUCUGGUAACAUGCACCACAUUGUUGGUGCUGAUGAUUCUUGCAUAAGCUGGGGUGUCGCCCAGAAUGGAGAGCUUGGUUAUGGGCCUAACGGGCAGAAAUCAUCAGCAAAUCCCAAAAAGGUGGACAUUCUUGAGGGCAUGCAUGUUACAAGUGUCGGCUGUGGAUUUGGACUGUCUCUGAUUGUUGUGGACAGAGCAAAUGUUGGUGAUCGACUUGGUCAGCUGGAAAUUUAUGAUGGUGACACCGGUGCUGAAGUAGAGAAAGUGGAGGUGCAAGUAACCAAGAAGGCAUCUGCCAGCACCAACUCACGUGCCAACAAGCGCAAGAAAACGAAGGAUGUUUCUGAAUCUGAAUCCGAAGAGGAUGAUGAUGAUGAUGAGGAUGAAAGCGGAGACGAUGAAAAUGGUGGUGUAGAAGAGUCAAAGGGCAGGCGUGGCCGUAAACCCGCUAAUAGAGGGAGAGGCAGGGGAGGCAAAAAGGCGACCCCUGAGGCAAAGCCAUCUGGAAGGGGCAGAGGCCGCCCCAAGAAAACCGAGAGUUCUGCUCAGAAAGCCGGAGGAACCUCGGGCAGAGGAAAAAGAGGACGGCCACGCAAGUGAUGGUCCGCCCUACAGUAAUGCGGCGUUGAAAAUCAGUAACGCCUGAUGUGAUCCCAUUGACAUUGAGGAUUCAUUUUGGUAGCAAUGCCCGUUGCACUCUGCCCAUUUUCUCACUCUGAUUGUUGCAGCUAUCCAAUCCAAAGACAUUAUUAGUC